UGCGACGUGCAGGUGCUGCUCUCUCUGGAGCGAGGAGUCUGGGCCCCCAACCUGCACUUCCUCCAUCCUAACCCUGACAUCCCCGCCCUCACCGACGGUCGGGUUCGCGUCGUCGAUCGGCCUGUUCCCGUCCGAGGAGGCAUCGUAGGGAUCAACUCCUUUGGAUUCGGAGGUUCCAACGUUCACGUCAUCCUUCGUCCGGCUGAGAAAACGGCCGCCUCGGCUUCACCCGGGAAGCUUCCCAGAAUGCUUCAGGCCUGCGGGCGCACAGAGACGACGGUGAGCUCCGUCCUGCAGAAGGGGAAGGAACACGCUGCGGACAACGCCUUCCUGUCUCUGCUGAACGAAGUGUCAGGAGCGCCCGCCGCCAGCAUGCCCUACAGAGGUUUUGCUCUGAUUGGCUCUCAGAGCGACGUCAUGGAAGUGCAGCAGGUGCCGGGCGCCGCCAGGCCUCUGUGGUACGUUUGUUCAGGUAUGGGGACGCAGUGGGCCGGGAUGGGCCGCAGUCUCAUGCAGCUGCCAGACUUCAGAGACUCCAUUCUGCGGUCCGAUGCGGCGCUGAAGGAGACGGGGCUGGUGGUGUCUCGUCUGCUCAUGGAGGCUCAGGAGGACACGUUCGAAGACACCGUUCACGCCUUCGUUGGCCUGGCUGCAGUACAGAUCGCUCAGAUCGAUCUGCUCACCAAGCUGGGUCUGCAGCCCGAUGGCAUCGUGGGGCACUCGGUGGGAGAGCUAGCCUGUGGCUAUGCUGACCGCUCCCUGAGUCACAGCGAGGCCCUCCUGGCUGCGUACUGGAGAGGCCGCUGCAUCAAGGAGGCCAGCCUUCCUCCAGGAGGCAUGGCUGCAGUGGGGCUGACCUGGGAGGAGUGCAUCGCUCAGUGUCCUCAGGGGGUGGUUCCAGCCUGCCACAACGCUGAGGACACGGUCACCAUCUCCGGCCCUCAGGAAGCAGUCAGUGCCUUUGUGUCCGAGCUCAAACAACAAGGAGUGUUUGCAAAGGAAGUGCGCAGUGCCGGGGUGGCGUUUCACUCCUACUACAUGGCCUCCAUCGCUCCAGCCCUGCUCGCAGCUCUGAAGAAGGUGAUCAAAGAGCCAAAGAAGCGUUCGGCGCGCUGGGUGAGCACCAGCAUCCCUCAGUCUGAGUGGGACUCUGCUUUGGCUCUGCACAGCUCGGCUGAAUACCAUGUCAACAACCUCGUGAGCCCCGUGCUGUUCCAGGAGGGCCUGAGCCUGGUGCCCGAAAACGCCGUGGUGCUGGAAAUAGCUCCGCAUGCUCUGCUGCAGGCCAUCCUGAAGCGCAGCCUGAAGCCCACGUGUUCAGUCGUCCCCCUGAUGAAGAGAGGUCACACCAACAACCUCGAGUUUUUCCUCUCGAACGUCGGGAGGAUCUUCAUGAACGGCAUCAACGUGGACGCCAACGCCCUGUGCCCCGCUGUGACCUACCCUGUGCCAGUUGGUACUCCAAUGAUCUCGCCCUUGGUGCAGUGGGACCACACCCAGACGUGGGAUAUCCCUAAAGCGGAACACUUCCUGUCGGGCUCGGGAGGCUCUGGUUCUGCGGCGGUGUAUAACAUUGACGUCAGCCCAGAGUCUGCAGACCACUAUCUCAUUGGACACAGCAUCGAUGGGCGUGUCCUCUACCCGGCGACUGGUUACCUGGUGCUGGCCUGGCGCACCUUGGUGAGGAGUCUAGGGGUUGUCAUGGAAACGACGCCCGUAACCUUUGAGGAUGUGACUAUCCACAGUGCCACCAUCCUGUCAAACGCCAGUGCGGUCCAGUUGGAGGUGCGUCUCAUGCCCGCCACCAGCAGGUUCGAGGUUUCGGAGAACGGGAGCCUGACUGUCAGCGGUAAGGUGAGCAUCCUGGAGGAUUCGGCACUCGAUUCAUUCAACGGUGAGAUCAGCCGGGAAGCUGCCGACAGGAGAGACGCCUCGAUGAAGCUUAACGCACACGAGAUCUACAAGGAGCUCAGACUGCGAGGCUACGACUAUGGAAAAACCUUUCAGGGCAUCUUGGAGUCAAACACAGCAGGAGACCGUGGGAAGCUGGAAUGGACAGGAAACUGGGUGACGUUUCUGGACACCAUGUUGCAGAUGAUCGUCUUGGGGCUGCCGGGUGGAGGUUUGCGUUUGCCGACCAGAAUCCGCUCCGUGUGCGUCCAUCCUGCUGCACACCUGGAAAAAGUCAGCGAGCACGCUGAAGGAAAGCAAGCGGUUGAUGUCCACGUAAGCCGUUACCUUGACAACAUCACUGCUGGUGGAGUCCAGAUCUGUGGCCUGCACGCCACAGUAGCCCCUCGCCGGCAGCAGCUGCAGAGCCCGCCCACACUGGAGGAGUUCCUGUUUGUUCCUGAUGUGGAGACGGACUGCCUUACAGCCAAUGGGAAGCUGGCAGAGCAGCUGAGGCUUUGCAAAGUUUUGAUCCACACACUGCAGCAGAAGAUGGCCCCUCAUGGUGUCAAGCUCUCCAUCCCGGGGUUACAGGGGGGGUCUGAUGCACCUCCUCCCAGCGGUGAGCCUUCUGAGCCCAGCCUGCUGCGGCUGCUAACCCUGCUCUGUGGCCUCGAGUUCAAUGGGAACCUCCACUCUGAGCUGGAGCAGGUGGUGCAGAAGGAGCGGCUGUGCCUGCUUAAAGACGACCUGCUCUAGGGUCUGCUGGUCGACGACGCCCUGAGACAUUGCCUCGACAUCACGGUGGAAAACAGCACACCUGGCAGGAUCAAAGUGUUGGAGGCUCUCUCAGAUGACGGCCAGCUCUUCUGUCGCGCCGUGCCCCUGCUCAACAUCCAGCCCAUGCUCCGUGUGGACUACACUGCGACUGCGGCCAGUCUGGAGCUUCUGGCCCCCCACCAGGCUCCCCUGGAGGAGCUCGGUGUCGCUGCGGCUCAGUGGGAUCCUCUGACCAGCCCAGCUGCUGGAGACGUUGCUGUGGGGGCGGACCUGGUGCUGUGUAACCAUGCAUGGGGUCCAGUGAAGACAGAGCCCAGGCUGCUGGUAGCAAAUCUGGCAUCUGGAGCCAAAGAAAGUGGGUUUGUUCUCCUCCACACGCUGCUGAAGGGGGAGACUGUGGGGGAGGCUGUGGCCUUCCUGUCCAGCACUGCUCAGAGCAGCAGCCAGCAGGGACUCCUCACACAGGCUGAGUGGGAGGAAGUGCUCUCAGAGGCUUCUCUUAACCUGGUGGCUGUCAGGAAGUCUUUCUACGGCUCCGCCCUCUUUCUGUGUCGCCGUCAGUCUGUGAGUAAACAGCCGGUUUUCCUGCCUGUGGACAGCAAAGACUAUCAGUGGGUGGAAACGCUCAAGGAAGUGAUGUCAGAGUCCUCAGACCAUCCAGUGUGGCUGACUGCUUCUCAGGCAGAGUGUGGGAUUGUGGGAAUGGUCAACUGUUUACGGCAAGAGCCUGGUGGCAACCGGAUACGGUACGACAUCGUUAACAGCUCGUUGUUCUCACACUGCAGCUUUUAUGUAGAAAGGAUCACACCAAGACUUUCAGUCAGGAUUUAGAGUCUUACUGAUGAUCACUAAUGUGCCAGAGCACAGGUUUCUAAUAGACUCAGCACAAGUGUAAUCAGUGAGGCUUCCUCAGACGUUAACACUUCAUUGUACAGUGGAAACAUAGUGGAUCCUUUCUGUUGCUUAUAUUUCUGUGUAAAGUCAAAAUGAUAAGGAUCAGUUUUU